CUGGAACAUUUCCUGAAAGAGAAUCACUUCUGAAUUGACGGCAGAUCUUUGGGUUUUGUUGUUUCCCCCUAGUGAUUUAUUUUUGGAGCCAUUGUUCGGGAAGAGAAAGUUCAGCUUCUGGAGCUCCAACAGGGAAAAUGGAUUCGCUUUCUGAAGAGAACUUUUCUUGUCCCAUUUGUCAUGAGAUCUUCAAGAAUCCCGUGGUUUUAUCUUGCAGUCACAGUUUCUGUAGAGAGUGUCUUCAACAGUUCUGGAGAACUACGGAUAUCCAGGAGUGUCCCGUCUGCAGGAGAAGAUCCUCGAGAGAUGAUCCUCCAAACAAUCUUGUGUUAAGAAACUUGUGUGAGUCCUUCCUGAAGGAGAGGAAAGAGAAACGUUCGUCGGGAUCAGGGGAGAUCUGCAGUUUACACGGUGAGAAACUCAAACUCUUCUGUCUGGAGGACAAACAGCCGGUGUGUUUGGUGUGUAGAGACUCAGAGCAGCAUGACAAUCACAAAUUUAGACCCAUCGGUGAAGUGGUUUCAUCACACAAGGAGGAGCUCAAUACAGCACUGAAGUCCUUACAAGAGAGACUUAGACACAAAGAAAACAUUAAAGAAGAGUUUGAGAAAACAGUUCAGCACAUUACGGCUCAAGCCGAUCACACCGAGCAUCAGAUUAAACAUGAGUUUGAGAAGCUUUAUCAGUUUCUUAGAGAGAGAGAAAAGGGAACAAUCACUGCACUGAGGAGGGAGGAGAAGCAGAAGAAGCAGAUGAUGAAGGAGAAGCUGGAGCAGAUCAACACACACAUCUCAGCUCUUUCACACACGAUCAGAGACACGGAGGAGAUGCUGAAAGCCAAUGACGUCUGCUUUCUGAAGGAGUUUCAAGGCUCAAUGGAAAGAGUCCAGAUCUCACAGCCGGAUCCACAGAUGCCUUCUGGAGCUUUGAUUCAUGUGUCUCAGUACUUGGGGAACCUGCAGUACAGGGUCUGGAAGAAGAUGCAGGACAUCGUCCACUACUCUCCUGUGAUUCUGGACCCAAACACUGCAAAUUCGCACAUCGUCCUGUCUGAAGAUUUGACCAGCGUGAGAGAGAGCGAGAACAAACAGUGGCUCCCUGAUAACCCGGAGAGGUUUGACUAUCCCUGUGUUCUGGGUUCAGUGGGGUUUUGCUCAGGAAAACACAGCUGGGAUGUGGAGGUGAAAGAGAGUCGAUGCUGGAGUGUGGGAGUAACCACAGCAUUAAACCAGAGGAAGAGAGAUGUUUUCUUUAACACUGAUGUCUGGAGUGUGUGGCACGACCCAUAUGGGCUAAUCAAAAGUUCUUCGAAUGAGUUUCCAGUCGAGCAGUACCUGGAGUGUGUAAGAGUGGAGCUAGACUGUGACAGAGGAACUGUGUGUUUCUCGGAUCCUGUAAAUAACACACAUCUACACACAUUCACAACCACCUUCACUGACACCGUCUUUCCUUUCUUCUGGUGUGACUUGUUCUCCUGUCUGAGGAUCUUACCAUUUAAUCGCUAGUAUACAUUAUACAUGUUGGUCUGGGCCAAGUUGCGUAAAGAACCUUACGUUUUUCCCCAUAGGGCCCCGGUAUACUUCAAACGAAGUAAAAGAGCUGAAAUUAGGUCAUUUUGAACGAAAUCUAAUGUAUUAUUUGAGUUUGUUUCGGCAGUUUGAAACAUCUGACCAAAGCAAACUCUUUGGGGAGUACGUUUUAUGCCCUGUUUACACUAAUACGUAGGGAUGGGUACCAAAACUCGGUACUUUAUCGGUAUAGGUGUUAAAAUACAAAAGGAAUCUUCCCGAAGUAUCGAUAAGCUCUGACCUUAACGGUUCUGCUAUCGGUACUGGAGAAUUAUUGCUGAAUAAACAUUACUUACUGUAGCAUAAUUUAACUCAUCAGCCUUUUCUAAUUUGCGAUAUUUGAUAUUCAUCUGAACAGUUGUCAAUCUCACAUGAGAAAUGCUUGUGUUUCCGGUCGAGCGCGUCAAGUAUAAAAGCCUUCACAGUUAUCGGCUGUGCACAUGCACUCAGCGGAGGCUCAUGCCAAGCGCACACGCAUAGUCUGCGACACAGACUCGCGCACACACAGCUCGUAAGCUUGCUGAGUGAACCAAACGGGUUGUAUUUCCAGAAUGGACAGUGACAAUGCCCGUUGCAACAAACACCACAAGUUGUUUUCUUGUAUAAGCGGAAACGCAAGCAAUCUGGCUAAGUGAAAGUGUCUUUCAAAAGUGCAUUAACUGCAAUGCAAACUAAUGCAAAGUUUUGACUGC